AUGGCUGUCGAUCAGAAGUAUACAAACGACGGUGCUGAGCACCUCUCCACAACUGAUCUCAAGGCAAACGUUGCCUUGAACGAUUUCCACGAAGCAGCGGAACACGGUCGCACUGCUACAGAUAACUAUGGAAACGUCACCGUUACGUUCGACGCCGACGCAGAGAAGCGUUUACGACACAAAAUUGACCGAUAUAUUGCCCCCAACGCAAUGAUCAUCUAUCUCCUCUGUUUCCUCGACCGAAUCAACAUAGGGAAUGCACGGAUUGCCAAUCUAGAAGCGGACCUCGACAUGCAUGGGCUUGAUUACAACAGACUACUAGCCAUCUUUUUCGUGGCUUAUAUUGUUUUUGAGAUCCCCGCCAACAUGUUGUGCAAAGUAGUCGGCCCUGGGUGGUUUAUGCCGGCCGCAGUGGUGUUAUUUGGCGUCUUGACACUUGCAACUGGCUACGUGAACUCACUCGGGGCUGCCUACGCAGUUCGAUUUCUCCUUGGAAUUGCUGAAGCUGGCGUUCUACCCGGACUCAGCUAUUAUUUAUCCCGAUGGUACCGCAGAAGCGAGCUUACAUUCCGUAUUUCCCUUUAUAUGGUCAUGUCUCCUCUUGCUGGCGGAUUGGGAGGUCUCCUGGCGUCUGCCAUCUUAACCAUGGACAAUUUUGCCGGGUUACGGGAAUGGCGAAUGAUAUUUGCUGUCGAAGGUAUCAUUACAAUCGGAGUCGGUGUGAUUACCUUCUUCACCAUGACAGAUCGACCAGAAACUGCUCGCUGGCUAUCUCAGGAUGAGAAAGAUUUGGCUAUCAGCCGAAUCAAGUCUGAAAGAAUCUCCACCACCGAACUGGUCGAUAAACUGAACCGUAGGAAGAUCUGGAUGGGAAUUAUCUCACCAGUUUCUCUCGUGGGGUUCUUCACCUUCUUAUUUGCAGGUGUGACUGUUCAAGGCAUCAGUAUCUUCUUGCCUACCAUUAUCAGGACUAUCUACCCUGGAACUUCAGUCGUCCACCAGCAACUCCGGACAGUUCCUCCUUACGCAGUGGGAUGUGCCUUCGCCCUUGGUCUCCCUUACCUCAGUUACCGCAUCAACCGAAGACAAGUUUUCUUCCUCUUCUCAGGCCCUGUUCUGAUUAUCGCAUACGCAAUGUUCCUCGGCACAGACACUUCCCAACCCCAGGUCCGUUACGGAGCUACAUUCCUCAUUGCGUUGGGCAGUUUCCCUCUCGGCACAUUCAACAAUGCUCAGCCUGCUGCCAACUCCGUUUCUGAUACAGCACGUAAUGCAGCUCUUGGUUUUGUGAAUUUCGGUGGGCAUCUGGGUGGGCUCAUCUCCACCUGGUCCUACCUACCAUUUGACGCACCCAACUUUCCCAUUGGCAAUGGUCUCAAUGUGGGAACUUCUUCUGGAAUCCUUCUUCUCUCCAUCGGGCUCAUUGCUUUUAUGAAGUGGGACAACAAACGCAGAGAUGCCCGGGAUGUCGAUGCAGAGCUUGCUGGAAAAUCACAGGGCGAGAUUCAAGAUUUGGAAUGGAGACAUCCAGGUUUCAGAUGGAGACCUUGA